GCCAAAUGUACUAUUCCAAAAUGACAAGGUCAGAGGUCAUUUGAAAGACGGGGCAAACAUGCGCGAAAGUUCGAUUGUAUAACUUGUGUUGUUACAGCUAGAAAUUGAAAUUAUAUGAUAGUCUAUCCUUGUAAUCAUGGCCUCGCUAAGGACGGAGGUUCUAUCAGUCUACAGAACAAUACUGAGGACAGCCAGGACUUGGAGAUCGCUGUCAGGCAGCCAGCAGGAAACCCAGGAAGAGGUGAAGUACAUCAGAGAAGAGGCGAGGACGCUCUUCAAGAAAAACAAAUAUCUUACAGAUGAAGAACAAAUUAGACAAUGUAUAAGAGAAGCUGAAACUAGAAUUGAACUAGCACAUCAUUAUGGGAUACCAUACCCAAGACCAGUGAACCUGCCCCCCAUGGGUCUGGGUGGACCUCAGAGGAAAGGGAAGAAACUUCAGGAGAGACUAAGACAUCAGGCCAAGCCAGUUUACCUACAUUCCCAUGAAGAGAUAGAGAAGUAGAUGUUACAAUGACAGACUAUUCUUUAUUUGUUUUACAACAUCUCUAACUGAAACAUACUUAUUUUAGUCCUUAUCAAACCAGUUUAACCACAAAGGAACAAAGAGGCAGUUGCCUUUACAUGAUCAUGUACUUAUAGCAAACUAUCACUCCAAAAUAAAGGUGUUGAGCAGAAAGUUAUGUACAUCACAAUGUAAAAUUGUACUCUGUCUGAGUCUGUCUCAAAUGCACACAAUCAUGUAUUUGCUGAGUUCCUAAUGUUAACAGAAAGAAAGUGUAGCUAUCAAGUAUGCCUGCUGACACUAUGGUGAAAAAAGAUAUCACUUGAUGAUUAUUUACAUCCAAGAUAUACUGUAUCUCAUGAGAGGAGGACAAUGAAUUUCAUGAUAUGCAAGUAAAA